GCGGACGUGUGGAUCAGAUAGACAUGAAUGGGGCGGUGGAAGGGAGAGUGUGCGGGACGGAGCUAGUAGCGUUAACUGACUAACCGUCAUAAAUAAAAGCUUAAAAAUGAAAAUGUGACCCGGGAAUGGGAAGUUUUGAGGCGUUGAAGAGGUUUAACUGACUCCUGCGGUGAGCAGCGCGGUGGAGUUAGGGUGUUGUGGGGGACAGCAGGAGGAUUUGUGGCUGUUUUUUUUUGUGUUGUUUUGUGUUCCUUUCAGCAAGAACCGUGAAGAUACGUAGCAAAAAGCUAAAAGAACGGCAAGAAUGCCACUGAACGGCAAGUCCUCGCUUAUCCAGCAGAUAGCUAACAAGGCUAACUUGGCCUAUAAAAGCUGCUCUCCCGCGGACAGUAAAGACUUCUCCGCUCGGCGCUCGGAGCUCUCCGCUCUGCUGGCGGAGCUCCGGGCCGCAGACCUCAACAUCUCGCCGCCCAAGAAGAGCUCCAACUCGGGCUCCGGCUCCAGCGCGGCGCCGGUCACCUACAUGCACAUCUGUGAGACUGACGCCUUCAGCAUGGGGGUCUUCCUACUGAGGAGCGGUUGCUCUAUUCCACUGCACGACCACCCGGACAUGCACGGCAUGCUGAAGGUGCUUUAUGGGAAGGUACGGAUCAGGUGCUUUGAUAAGCUGGAGAGACCCCAGAAUGCUGGGGUCUCUGAGGAUGGGGGAGGAGGGCCUUCCCAGCCCCAGUCCUCACAGUCUCCUUCCCAAGAAGCCUCUCCUGUGUGGCAGGCUGAGCUCAGAUCCACCAGCGAGUUCACAGAGCACAGCAGCCCCUGUUUGCUGACUCCUUUGAGGGACAACCUGCACCAGAUCGAGGCGAUAGAAGGUCCAGCCGCCUUCCUUGACAUCCUGGCACCACCUUACGAUCCUGAUGAGGGGAGGGACUGCCACUACUACAGGGUCAUACACACUGAGAGAAACAGCAAGGAGGAGGAGGUGGAGGAGGAGAUGUUGCUGCUGCUGGAGAUCCCCCAGCCUGAUGACUUCUGGUGUGGGGGAGAGCCUUACCCCGGGCCAGAGGUUUCCCUUUAAUUUAAGAUCCGAGGACAGCUUUGGCCUGAACUUUAUCCAGCACUGGAAUCCAGUUUUAGUCCAAGCUUAGUCGUUGAGACCUUGGUCGUUGUCUCCAGGAGCAUUGACCUCUCAACAGCCUCAUGCCACUAACCUACAUCACAGACAGUAUAUACACACCCCUCUUCUGGCCUUCAGGCAGAGCUAAAGGUUGAUCAAGACGACCUUAAUGCCUGAGGAUUUGGAAACAUUUUUCUACAAAAAUUGACUGACAUAAGUGACCAAUAACAUUGAACAUAACUUGAAGACCAGUUGCCUUUCUUAAAAUAUUGAAUGUUAUCUUGCCUUUAAAGUUUAUACUCUUGUCUAACUAAACACUACAUAGCCUGUAUUACUAUUAAUAUUAUUAUGGACGUGCAUUAUUUAUUUAUAGCAAAGUGUUUUAUUUGUUCGUACAAUCAGUUAUAAAUCAUAUUCUUGCUAAAAGUUUAUAUAUUGACUUUAAAACACAAAAAAUUAAAAUGUUUAUGAUACCCUAUUCAUUUUUUUCAUUUUUUAAUCUGGUCCUCUGAACAUUUAUUGCCUGGUCAGUGUAGCUUGCUUGUAAAAGCACCAGCCCUCCUCCACUGGCUCUAUUAUGGCAUGGGUUACUCUCUCAUGGUUUAAGACCAGAGAAGGGGAAAUCCUUGAUAAUGCCAGGAUUUUAUUGGUUCAGUUGAAGCAGCUGCAGAGCCUGCAGUAUGUAAAUGAAGUUAGCAUUUAUAGUGUUGGCUGUGGUGUUCAUCAAGUAGCCCAGUCUACAUUGUUCACUGUGUAAUUGCAGCUUUCUGUGUGAACCGACUUCGCCUCCUCACUUUGACUUGUCAUUAUGAAUCGCUUGGAAGCUGUCAUGGGUGGUGCGAUGUCACUGGUGACUGCAUGCGUGAGAUUGAGGGGAGGAAAAAAAACGGUUAAUCACGCACAUAGAGGAAGUUGGUGAUGUAUAGUAAAUUCAUGGAAACUUACAGUUUCAUGGAGCAAUAGUCUUUAUGGCUCAGUCUGAUUUACUUUUUGUGAUUCUGAAAUGACUGGUGUGUGUAAUGUCUGUGCUGAGGGCCUUACACCUGGGAUAAUCUGGACUGAGCCUGGUAAAAUCACCUCUGUAUAUGACCGUGCUUCUUAGUCCUGGUACUGGAGGUGCGUUGCCCUGCACAUUUUAGUGGUUUAGUGCUUUAACACACCCACUGACACAGUAACAAACUAUCUAUUCAGUGUGUUGAGAAGGGAAAUCAAUAAAUGUUCAGUGCACAGUGCAGAAUUCAACAUUAACACUGUUGAUUAAACACUGUCAAAAUUACUGUGUACGGUCAGAUAACUGUGUUUUAGCAUUUUAAUUCAGGCUAGUUCACGCAGAUUCUAUAUUAUUUUUUUUAUAUUCUGUAAACUGUUAUAAAUAUAAAAAUUGGCAUAUAUGUCCCACACUUCCAAUAUCAGUCUACUGCAUUUAAUAUAAUACAACAAAAAAAAGCUGUAUGUGAAAACAUGCCUAUGUCAAACUGUCCGUGCAACAGCCUUUAACCAUUCAAAAGUGCAGCGUUUUAUAAUAAUGCUUUAGCUGUAAGUGUAAAGUGUUAGACAUUGUUUUUAUUUAGUAUAAUAAGUAUUAUACUGACCAACAAUGUGUACAAUGGCUAAUGACUUUGUUUUUAGCAUUAUAACUAAUUAUACCUGCUCAAACAAGUCUUCAUGGAUAAUGGCACUAUCUUGUUUAGUUAUCCCAGCUAACUGAAUGACUUCUUUUGAAAGGCUGCUAGGCUAGGUUUAGCUUUUAACCUAGCAUUGAUACCCUUUUGCUGUGGUUUUGCUUCCUUCCUUGCACACUGCUCUUGAUGUUUCUUCCAUACUUACUGGCAUCAGAUAUAGUCAGUCACCUGAGCAACCUGAGGUCUCAUACUUUCCAGUAUUAAGCAGAAUUUGGUGGUGAUGUUUUGCCCAUCACUGCUACAUAUAUGCAGUUGUGGGAAUGAAUGUCUGAAAAUUAAAUACAAGACUACCAAAUGCACCAUAUUCUCAGGAACUGGGUGCUACUUGUUGCUUGUCACCACCAAGUAUUCUGCUAAAAUACAUUUUCCAUUCCAAGGCUUCUUUAAGAUGCUCAAUAAGAUGUUCACAUCUUCUCCGUGCUUUUUUUUUUCUCUUUCAGGCACACUCAAACCCAGACGAUUUCUUUCUUUCUUUUAUGUCAGAUUUACUGAUCUGGACAAAUUACAAACAACGAAAACUAAAGAUUUAGGAUGUGGUCAUUUCUGAAGUGGUUUCUCUGAUAGCCUGCCAGUGAUUAUAUCAUUUAUGUGUUUUUUUUUUUUUAUUAAAGAAAAGGAACAGGCUGGAAAAUAGCCUUGCUUAGGUCAAAAUGGGUUGGUUUAUGUGCUCAAAAAUCUAUCAAAUAAGCUCAUGAACUCCUAGGUUGCUCAGUUUAUUAGUGUUAGGAGGGUCAGACCCAGCUUUGCUGGAAAAUUACAGUUCUUACAUUAUUUUUAGAUGUCUCCAAAAAAUUAGCAAUUUUCGUUU